CAGCAAGGUCUCCAGGAGGGGCGGGCCCUCCAGGAGGGGGUGGGGCACGUAGGCGUCAUGGCGGACGCGGCUCUGGGUGCGGUGCGCAGGCAAUUACGAGAGUUCCCGGCUGCGGCGAGGGAACUCAGCCUGCCUCUUGCCGUGCCCUACCUGGAGGCGCCCCCAACACCACUGCAAUUCUACCGGGACUGGAUCUGCCCCAACCGGCCCUGCAUCAUCCGCAAUGCUUUGCAGCACUGGCCGGCGUUGCACAAGUGGUCCCUCCCCUACCUCAGGGCUACAGUGGGCUCCACGGAGGUGAGUGUGGCUGUGACACCGGAUGGUUAUGCAGAUGCUGUGCGGGGGGACCGCUUUGCCUUGCCCGCCGAGUGCCGCCUGCCCCUGAGCCGUGUGCUGGAUGUGCUGGAGGGCCGGGCCCAACAUCCAGGUGUAUUGUACGUGCAAAAGCAGUGCUCCAACCUGCCAACUGAGCUGCCCCAGUUGCUGCCUGACCUGGAGCCCCAUGUGCCCUGGGCCACUGAGGCACUGGGUAAGAUGCCCGAUGCUGUGAACUUCUGGCUGGGGGAUGCGGCUGCAGUGACAUCUUUACAUAAGGACCAUUAUGAAAAUCUCUACUGCGUGGUAUCAGGAGAGAAGCACUUCCUGUUGCACCCCCCCAGUGACCGGCCCUUUAUUCCUUACGAGCUGUACAAGCCGGCAACCUACCAGCUGACUGAAGAAAGCUCCUUUAAAUUGGUGGAUGAAGAGGCUAUGGAGAAGGUGCCCUGGAUCCCUCUGGACCCCUUGGCUCCAGAUUUGACUCGGUUCCCCAGUUACAGUCAGGCCCAGGCCCUACGCUGUACUGUACAGGCUGGUGAGCUACUCUACCUACCAUCCCUGUGGUUCCAUCACGUCCAACAAUCCCAUGGCUGUAUUGCUGGUCUUCCCUUUGCCCACAGUGAAUUUCUGGUACGACAUGGAGUAUGACCUCAAGUACAGUUACUUCCAGCUGCUCGACUCCCUCACCAAGGUCUCAGGCUUUGAAACAGAGCCUUGGUGAACAGUGCCAAGUUCAAGUUCAACUCUUAACAGAUCAUGCCCUUAUGGGCCAGGCUCUUUCUUGAGGCACCUGGGGCAUGCUGGCUGCCAGCCCAGCACAGCUUAGGGUCAGCAAUAUUUAGGAGGUGGCCCAGCAGGUCUGGGUGCAGGCGCCCAGGAAAUUGCCAUAUAGGUGAUGAAGCAGAGCCUCAGCAAAGCUUGACAUAUGGUGCAUGACAAGCCAGAAGUACCAGUGCUCCUGCUGUGAGUGAAUGGGGACACUGUCACCUGAAGCAGCAUGGAUAAGCGUUUCAUUAAAGGAGGCUGUGACCUGUG